AUGUCGAAAACAAAUAUUCGCCGUCCACAAAAGAAAUCAACUUUAAAAAAACGUCAAGAUUGGGAUACAUCAAUUGGUGACCUUUCACAACAUCGACUUAGUGAUGAUGAAGCUUCUCGACGAAAACAAUCCUAUCAAUCACGUAAUUUACAAUUAAUUCAAGAAGAAAAACAACGAAAACUUUUAGUAAAAGCUGUUCAUGAUGCGAGAAAAAAUAAUAGUAAUCAAUUGGGUAUUUUACGUGAAAUAUUAUUUAAUGAACGAGAUAUUGAUGAAUUAAUGCAAAGAUCAACUAAUGUUUUACAAACUAGUCGCUCGGAUAAAGCACUUCCAAAAAAUAGUAUAUUGCGUAGUGGAAAAAAUCAUUUUACAAGUUUAAAUGAUAAUCAUACAAGAAAAACAACAUCAGCAGCAGCAGCAAGACCAUCAUCGACAAGAAAUUUGAAUUCACCAGGUGGUGCAGAUUGGAAUCAAUCGGAAGAAGAUAAUUUAUCAGUUAGUUCAGCUGAUGUUGGUGAAGGAGAAGAAGAUGAACUUGAAAAUGAACCUGUUCGUUUAAGUCGUUCAAAUAAAAAAAUUGAUCAUCAUAAUGAACUAUCAAAUAUUCAUUUAUUAAAUGAUCAUGAACAACAACAACGAAAUUCAUCAUCUACCCGUAAUCCUAGUCUUUAUUCUCAAUCUCGUCAACAGUCAACUGGAGCUCGCUCAGUUAAUAACGUCUCAUUUAUGUCUGAUGUAUCAAAAACAGGUGGUAAAACCACUGGAACUGAAUCAACUGGAAAUUUAUCAACAAAUCAACUUAAACUAUUGCUUGAUCGUUUAUCAUCUGAAUUACGUGAAUUAGAAACUAUAACAGGAUUUAAAUCGGAUAAAAAUGAUCCAUCAUUCAAUAAUCAAUCAAAUACAUGUAGUACAGCACUUGUUACUGCACUUAUUGCACUUACUGGUCAUGUUAAACAAUGUGCUCUUAAUACAAAAGGUCAACCAAAUCAAGAAACAAAUAUUCUUAAAGAUCAACUUUCAGUUGUAAUUAAAGCUCAAUUAGAUUUUCAACAAAAAAUUGAAAACCAAAUCUCAAUGUUACAAACAAUGAUGCAAACUGUUUGUCAACUUGUUAAUAAUGAAAUUAUAUCAAAUAAAAAAUGUUCUGGUAAUUGCACUUCACAACAACAACAACAAUCAACAAUAAAUUCAACUCGUAUUCGUCGAGAUCAAACAGAUUUUCAAAUAGCUGAACCACGGCAAACUUGGUCAAAUAAUCAAACUAAUAUUCAUAUACAAAGACCAAAAAAUAAUGCAACAGAUGAAUUACUUACAUUUACUCAACGUAUGAGUAAUGGUAAUCUUUAUUAUUAUUAA